CGCCCCACCCAGAGCCAGGCCACGCCCUGGCGUGUGACGUCAGCACGCCCCGUGCGUCGCGUCGCGGCGCUCACUGGGGGCCCGGCUUUCGCCCGCUGCUGCCGCCGCCGCCGCCGGCCGCGGCUGCUCUCCCAAGAUGGCGGCUCCUCCGGGCGAGUACUUCAGCGUUGGGAGCCAGGUGUCGUGCCGGACGUGCCAGGAGCAGCGGCUGCAGGGCGAGGUGGUAGCCUUCGACUACCAGUCCAAAAUGCUGGCUUUAAAAUGUCCCUCUUCCAGUGGAAAGCCCAACCAUGCAGACAUCUUGCUCAUAAACUUACAAUAUGUUUCAGAAGUGGAAAUAAUUAAUGACCGAACAGAAACCCCUCCUCCCCUAGCUUCACUCAAUGUUAGUAAGCUUGCCAGCAAAGCACGGACAGAGAAGGAGGAGAAGCUGAGCCAGGCCUAUGCAAUCAGCGCUGGUGUCUCCCUAGAGGGCCAGCAGCUCUUCCAGACCAUUCACAAGACCAUUAAAGACUGUAAAUGGCAAGAAAAAAACAUCGUAGUCAUGGAAGAAGUUGUUAUUACACCCCCAUAUCAAGUGGAAAACUGUAAAGGCAAAGAGGGGAGUGCACUGAGCCAUGUACGCAAAAUAGUUGAAAAACAUUUUAGAGACGUGGAAAGCCAAAAGAUACUGCAACGUUCACAAGCCCAGCAACCACAGAAGGAGGCUGCCCUGUCAUCCUGAGUCCACACACACGGCAGACUCUUCCAGCAUCCAGCCGAGGAGCAAUGGUGGUGGCUUCAGCAGAGGCAGGCCGGGGGAGGGAAGGGAUCCUGUAUUUCCUGUUGGCUCUUGCUAACAAAGGGUCAGCAUUUCCAAAUCUUAGACUUGAACAAAACACCCAACAAAAAAGAACAAGAGCAUAAUUUAAAAGUUGAAUCAUUACUUGACUAACAGACUUCGGUCCACCAUGUCCUUUUCACAGCCCACUUCUGGAACAGUCACCUUGUUAAUUUUAUUUUUGAAAAUUUCUUUCCGGCUCUACUCUUUCACCUCUGACUUUCCUUUCCUAGUCUGUCCCCUGCCAUUCUGUUUUUAUAAGUGGCUACACUUGCCUUCUGAGUGAUUGAAAGAAACUUUUACACCUUCUCUUCCAAAAUAAAAGUAACAAGCUGACUGUGAUACUUAAGUUGAGACUAGAGCAGCAGACAGAGGUCUCACUUUAAAUUUUUCUUUUUUUUCUUUUUUUUUCUUUCUUUUUUUUCUUUUUUUUGCACAGGGCAUGGCUUGAAUUAGUUUUAUUUUUCUUAACUUUAAAUAUAUAUAUGAAAAUAUAUAUUAAAAUGUUCUCUAAAUAUUUUCUGCUUCUUGCAGGUCUCUUUUUACUAGAUCAUGGCCACUCUUCCCACCUCAUCCCUCCAAAAAUAAAAAUGUAUUGCCCUCCCCACCACCGUAGCCAGGCAACUAACCUGACUUAGUUCACAGCAAGAAUCUCCUGCAGCGCUUUGUAGAGCCAGUGUAUGCAGAUGGGAGUUGGCUUUGAGGGGUCCUGAUGGCUCUUUAAUCUUUAUGUGUGAUCAGUCUCACAUGGGGCCGAAACCUCAGGAUUCUCCCUCUGCCUUUUGUCUCACUUCACGGUACUAGAAGAAGCUCCGCAGCACUGUGCUGUCUCCUAGAUGGGGGAGUCAGCUGCCCUUUCCCCCGUGCCCUCUGCAGGAAGAACUGUUUUGCAUGGCACAUCUCAGCUCCUCCGCAAGGGGUGAUUUUCUUUCAUCAGAAACCUGGAGUCCACCUAUCCUGACCUCUCUUUAAGUCUGUGUCCAGAGUUACCAGCCCAGGAGAAAGCUUGGGUGACCUACAGUUUCUCUUCUGUCAGCCUCCUUCUCUUAUGCCUUUCCCCACCCCCCUUAAGUUUUACAAACUUAUGACAGUUUGUAUGUGCUCAGCCGAUGGGCAGAAAACCUGGAAGGAAUUUCUGGACUUUAGCCCACCGGUUUGUCUGAUUUGAAUAACCUGCUGAAAGCUAAAACUGGCACCCAUUGCCUUGUGCCUUCAGGGUGGCCCAGUGGGGCAGAGUGUGGUGCCAUCUGAAUACCAGGCCCUGAGUGGGAUGUGGGUGAUGCUCAUGUGACUGGCUAGAGCUUUGGGGGUGGGGUGGGGGGCUAACUACUAUUUUUUUGGCCAUGAUCUCUUUCCCCUUCCUUUUUUUUUUAAUUAAAUAAAUGGAUCAAAAUUAAAUAAUUCAAGCCCUGCCUUCAAAAUGAAAUUUUUUUUUUUUUUUAGUAUUGUUUAGCAAAAACAAUAAAAACCCAAAUUUUUUUAACCAUCA